AACCCUGCAUUACAUUGUGCCUCAUUUAGAAAACAAUGUUCAGUCAAAUGCUCCUUUCCUCUCUCAUUUGUCCUGUUGUCACGAGUAGCUCAAACGCAUGGAGUGUGUAAGAAAUAGUAUGGGGCAUCUGUCUAUUUUAGUGAUCGGGACCCUAUGACUUGUGAGCCACACCUGGCUGUUGGACAAAAAUAAUUUGGCUCACCAGGUCUCUCAUCCGUACCAACAAAUGAUCAAUAAAAAAUGAGACGCAUAACUAUAGAUUUGAUUGAGCACCAGUAGGUGGGGCCAAUGGUGUGAGGAUGUAAAAGUGAGCGUCAGUGUCUUGCUGUAUAAAUAUAUUUGCCUGUGUGACAAAUCCUACAGAAUCUAAACGAGCCAUUUUUCAAUCUUGCUUAAAUGCAUUUUUUGUACUGAGGAGGAUAUAUUGGGCUUUGAAACUUGCAAGAUGUCUUAAUGGUGUCAUGAUGUGAUCAAAAGAUCAAGGCAAAUUUGGUUUCUCAUGACAUGAACCAUUUAAUACUUUGUUGUACUCUUUCAGGUUCAAAUGCAGAAUUUAUUCACCCUUAUUAUUUGUUUGUGUAUGUACUUUUGUCUCUUUUCAUUAUGUCUUUGUUCAGUUUGGACCAUGGAGAACAUUUCAGGAUCACACAAGGACUGCGAAAGUAUGCAUGUGAUCUCACACUGGAUCCGAACACAGCACACACUCGUCUCUCUCUGUCUGCAGGGAACAAGAAAACAAAGUGUGAGAGAGAGAAUCAGCCGCAUCCUGAUCAUCCAGAGAGGUUUGAGAACUGUGAGCAGGUUUUGUGUAGAGAGAGUCUGACUGGACGCUGUUACUGGGAGGUUGAAUGGAGCGGAUGGGGUCAUGUAGCUGUGGCAUACAAAGGAAUCAAACGGAAAGGUGGGAGCAAAUGUCGGUUUGGACUCAAUGAAAAGUCCUGGAAUAUUUACUGUUGUGAUACAAUUUACUCUGUCUGGCACAAUAAUAAGAGCACAAACAUUCCUCGCCCUUCACCAUCUACUAGAGUAGGAGUGUAUCUGGACUGGUCAGCUGGCUCUCUGUCCUUCUACAGUGUCUCUAACACACACACAGACACAGACACACAAACACACACACUCACACACUUACACACAUUCAACACCACAUUUACUGAACCCCUCUAUGCUGGAUUUCUGGUUUAUCGUGAUUCUUCAGUGUUUCUCUGUCCGAUGUAGCAACCUCUUGUGAGAAAACACAAAAUUAAUUGCUAGGAGUGUCUAUUACAUUUCAUAAAAAUUCAUUUUUUCAUAAAAAAAACUAAUUGUGACUAUUUCAUUAUGAAAUAAGUAGUUGGCUAGUUACAUUAUAACAUAUAGUCACAUUGUAAGAUAACUUGUAUUGUGAGGUAUACAUCUUAUUAUUCAGUGUGGAAGUAAGCCGUUUUCUGUGAAUGUGCGAGACUUCUGGUUCAUUAGCCGCUGAAGGGAAAUAACAAGAAUAACAACAAACUGCAGUAAACUGUAAAAUAGUUUGCACUACAAACCAGUGUGUUCAUAAUUAAGACAUGACAUUAAAAUAAUAUGGCAAGAAACACCAGUUUGCAAAACCAGCUGUUUUGUAGAGCUAAAAAUAGCUGAAAGCGAACCACACCGGAAGCCAGAUGCAUUAAAUGUACAAAUGGCAGCGCCGCUCUUACGGGAAAAAUAAGGUGGAUAAAGCCCGAUUGUGAGGUCAUAUUCCACAGACUUACGAGUCCAUAUAAGGUAAUUGAGCUAUUAUGUAUUUUAGAUAUUUAUUUUAAUACGCAAGUUUUUUUUUGUUUUGU